AUUUCUUCUUCCUUUUCGCUUCAGAACCCUAACCUAGGGUUUGCCGUACCAAAAAACCCAAAUUAGAAGGCAAGAUGGGAGGCAAAUGUCCACACAGAAGGGUGAAGAAGAGACGAUACUCUCACAAAACCUUCCGUCUCGCUAAAUUCCUCGUUAAAGGUGAUGAUGCUGUUUAUGAUGAGCUUAAGAAACCAGAGGAUGAGAAGACGCCGUUACCGUUAGAUGAAGAUCUUCCUGGAAUGGGUCAAUAUUAUUGUUUACACUGCGAUCGGUAUUUUGCUAAUGCGGCUGUGAGAGAUGAACAUUUCAAGACUAAACGGCACAAGAAGCGGUUGAAGGUAAUGGCGGGCCCUGCACCACAUACACAGAUUGAUGCUGACCUGGCAGCAGGAAUGGGCAUGCCUGAUAACGGGCCGAAGCUAAUGUCGAUGUGAGCUUAGUUUAUGUGUAUGUCGAUACUUUUUAUUUUCUUAAAUUCAGUUCGCAAAUGUAAGAAUCAAGUUUUUCAUAGGAAUAUGAUAUCACAUAACUCAUAUCCAUCUUGUUCUUGUCAAUUUGAAUUUUGAAUUUGGUUAGCUUCGUUAA